AUGGCUACUACCAAGCUCACCUGGCUCAUCACUGGCUGCUCCUCUGGCUUUGGCCUUUCUCUGACCCGCGCCGCCCAGACUGGUGGACACAAGGCCAUUGCGACCUCGCGCAACCCAUCACGCACCCCCGAGCUGGUUGCCGAGAUCGAGUCCAAGGGGGGCAAAUGGGUGCAGCUUGAUGUGGACAGUCGUGACAGCGGCGAUAUCAUCACCGAGCUCGAAAGCCAUGGCGACCAUAUUGACGUGCUGGUCAACAACGCCGGCUAUUCCAUAUACGCCCCCGUCGAGACUGUGGACGAAGAGGAAGUAAGAACCCAAAUGGAGACCAUGUACUUUGGUCCCUUGCGUCUGAUUCAGGCCGUUCUGCCACAUAUGCGCCAGCGAAAGUCCGGCGUUAUAGUCAACAUGAGCAGCGGUGCUUCGCUUGAUGGCAUUCCCACCAUGGGAGUGUACGCGGGUGCAAAGGCUGGGUUGGACGCGCUUACCAAGAUUCUUGCUAAGGAGGUUGCCCCAUUCAACAUCCGCACCCUGACUGUCGUUCUCGGAACCUUCAAUACCAACAUGCCCAACUCGGUGGUUCUGGGCAAGACUCCCCUGCCGGAGGACUACAAGGGAACCUUUACCGAGCAGGUUCAGGGUCUUCUGGUCAGUGGGAAGAUCAAGCCCAACGGUGACAAGGACAAGGCAAUGCAGGCUGUGUACCAGGUCGUUGCUGGCGAGGGAGUUGGUGAAGACAGUCAAACCGAGAAGCUUCUCCCUCUAGGGAGUGAUAUGACCCCUCGACUCAAAGGAGCUCAGGGAUAUCUCGGCCAUGCUUUGGACGUGUUUGGCUCUGUGGCCAACGGCGUGGAUGUCGAUAAAUAG